UAAAGAAGUAACGCUGCUGCAGCUGUUGUUGUGCACCCUCGUCACAGAGCUGAGUGUUUCCACAGGAGCAUUUUAUCAGAUGUGUUGUGGUUUCAUGAUCGUUAGCCGGGCAGGAGUGAGUUGCUAUCGGCUGCAGCUGUUUUCAACAUCGUAUCGGAUCCUACCCAACUCGACUGACCUGGAUGUGAAACCGGAAUAAAGGCCGAUUCUUCUGGCUUUAUUUCUGACGGACCGGAGCAUCCCUGCGAUAUAAACAGGGGACGCUGGCAGUAGCAGCGGGGUAGCUCGGGCGCUAGCUAAGUCCUGCCGGCGAUUUCACCCCUAAUUUGUAUCUCUCCAGAACACACCCAUGAUGAAAAAAAUGAACUGACUUGGACGAGACAUCCUCGCCCUGCUGAUUUAGCCUCCUCGCAUUGUGACUGAUGGAAAACAGGAGCAGGAAACUAUGUUGUUAUUAGCCAGUUAGCUAACGUUAGCUCGGCUAGCCGUUAGUUAACGUUAACUAGCUACAUCAAAUUAGUGGGCUGAGUUAGCCGGGCUAACUCAGCCCACUAAUUUAAAUAGGUACGCACGAUAUUCCGGUUUGUCUGCUGCCUAACGUCAACCACCUGGAGAUAUUUAUUUAGAUACAGCUUUACUCCUGUGUAACUGUCAAGCGGGCGACAACCAUGGCUGAGGAAGCGUUUCCUCUGCAUCUCCUGGUGUGGAACAAUCAGUAUCUGGAGCUGGAUCGAGAGCUGCAGAAGAACGAGCAGGAUGUGGAGCGCCUGGAUCCGAGGGGGCGCACCCCGCUGGAGCUGGCCGUGUGUCUGGGCCACCUGGAGUCCACCCGGGUGCUGCUCAGGCACUCCUCGGACCCCACACACUGCACCACACAGGGCUGGACCAUCUUGCAGGAGGCGGUGAGCACCGGGGACCCUGAGCUGGUUCAGCUGGUGCUCCAGUACAGAGACUUCAAACGUGCCACAGAGAGACUGGCAGGCAUCCCAGAGCUGCUCAGCAAACUAAGACAGGCGCGGGACUUCUACGUGGAGAUGAAGUGGGAGUUCACCAGUUGGGUGCCCUUGGUGUCGAAGGUGUGUCCCAGUGAUGUUUACCGAGUGUGGAAGAGCGGCUCGUGCCUCCGCGUGGACACCACCCUCCUGGGCUUCGAACACAUGACCUGGCUGAAAGGACGACGCAGCUACAUCUUCAAGGGCGGAGAUGACGGGGCCGUAGUGAUGGAGGUGGACCAUGAGAAGCAGGUGGUGUACACAGAGCCGCUCGUGUUGUCCCCCCGUGACGCGCCUUCCCUCCUGGCGGCCAUGCAGCCGUCGCAGGAGAACACAGCCCAGAGACUCACGUCGCCCAUCGUCUCAACGCACCUCAACACACGCAACAUUGCCUUCGAAAGAAACAAGUCAGGAAUCUGGGGCUGGCGUUCUGAGAAGAGUGAAGUAGUUAGCGGGUAUGAAGCCAAGGUUUACAGUGCCACCAAUGUGGAGCUGGUGACUCGGUCAAGGACAGAGCAUCUAUCAGACCAGGACAAGUCGAGGAGCAAAGGCUCAAAGACUCCUCUGCAGUCCUUCCUGGGGAUUGCUGAACAACACACAGCUCACAACGGGAGUAACGUGUCCCAGUGUGCGAGUCCUCACAACCCCACGGCCAUCACAGCUGACGAGUACUUCAACCCGGAGUUCAACCUGAACGGCCGAGACAUCGGACGUCCCGUCGAGCUGACGAGCAAAGUCCAGAAGUUUAAAGCAACUCUGUGGCUGAGUGAGAGUCACCCUCUGUCUCUGGCCGAGCAGGUGACGCCCAUCAUCGACCUCAUGGCCAUCUCCAACGCCCACUUUGCCAAGCUGCGUGACUUCAUCACCCUGCGCCUGCCGCCAGGCUUCCCUGUCAAGAUAGAGAUUCCCCUGUUUCACGUGUUGAACGCCAGAGUGACGUUCAGUAACCUGUGUGGCUGCGAUGAGCCGGUCAGCUCUGUGACGGUUACCAAACCAGAGAGCUCCGAGGAAGCUGGUCAGUCUGCCCAUCCCUUCCACUGUGAGGUGGAUCCUUCGGUGUUCGAGCCGCCGGCAGACUACACCACCCUCGGUCCGGGCCGCAGCGAGCCGAUGAGGGAUGAGGAUGACAACCUGCUGCAGUUUGCUAUCCAGCAGAGCCUGCUGGAUGCCGGCACAGAGAGCGACCAGGUGACCAUCUGGGAGGCCUUGACCAACAGCCGUCCGGUGCCCCAGAGUCCGCUGUACGAGGAAGACUCUCAGCUAGAGAGGGCGAUCCAGGAGUCCCUGUCCAUCUCGCUGGCCACCAGAGAGGGAGAGGACACGGCCGACCCCAGCCAGCCCUCCUCCGUCUCUCCGUUGGACCCCUCCGCCAACUCCCCGCUCUCUUACAGCGCGGUGACCGACCCGAGGUUGUCGGGACACUUUGGUGUGGCCUCCAGUUUUGACGAGCAGCUGCGUAUCGCCAUGGAGCUGUCGUGCCGGGAGCAGGAGGAGAUAGACAGGCAGCAGAAGCAGGAAGAGGAGGAGCUGGAGAGGAUCCUGCAGCUGUCACUCACCGAGAAGUAAUGUCACAACAGCAAUGGAGCCGCGGUCUUCAUUGGGGGAAAACAAUCCUCUUAAUUUAUUCUGUUUUAUUUUUGAAAUCCUGAGAUGUUAAGUUAUUACAGAUAUUUUAUUUGUCUUUCUCACACGAAGGCUGCUACAACAGAGAGAUACGGACCAGAAUAUAUAAGAAGUGGGAGUGAAGCAGGUUGGAGGAGGUACAAGGUACUCUGAGACACACUACAGUGAAGGAGGAGACAAAAGGGAGAGAGUCUUUGUUUUUUCUUUUUUAUUGAAUAUUUUUCACAGUCUUGCUGUCUUUUAUCGAGUGAUGAAUGAUCCUUAAACUUUAAACCUAUAACAUGAUCCAUGAUAAUGGCGAGAACUAUGAAAAUACAAUCUUAAUGGAAUAACUUAUAAAGACAUGAUUAUAACAUUUGAAACAUUUAUGUUGACUUACUCCUACGUGUGAAGAAUAAAGAAUAAUGAUCAUC